AUGCGCUACAAAAAUCACACGAAUCGACCGACGACUGAACCAGGCAGCCGCCCCUCGCCCAAACAGCGGAAAUCAGCCAAUCCGGUGCGAGCUUCCAGUCUCCGGUGCGAGCUUAGCGGCAGAGGUUUCUUCGUCUCUUGUUCGGGACCUUCGGGGCGCUCAGGUGAGGGAUCAACACAGAAGCAGCAGGAGAAAACGAAACAUCGUUGGGAAAGUUGCGCCCUGGUGUUUUCUCUCGGUGGCUGUGUGUGCAGGUUCGCAUAGAGAAACCGGCGUUGAUUUUUGGAAGCUGCUGAGGAUGUUUCGAGGGAGCGUGUUCCGGUCGUCCCUUCUGCGCCCCCUGGGCACGUCACUUGCCCUGCAGUCACAGCACCAGCUGACGCCGCAGGCCGCCCGGUCGUUUGUGAGCGUGUCCCGCCCCUCAUUCAGCCUGCUCACCACCACGGCGCGCAGUGCAGUGACGCAGGAGGCCAAGACCACCCUGGCCCGGCACACGCAGAAGCGCACAUCAGCGGCCAUGGCGGAGGCGGCGGAGGGCGGCCACCACCUGGAUUUGGGGAGCUACAACAACGCGAUCAAGUGGAUCCACUGGACCAUGGCGGCCGGUAUCGGCAUCUGCUUCGUGUCGGUGCAGGCGGCGUACCUGUCUGAGGGCAGCACCAAGGAGGUGAUCAUGAACAUCCACAACAGCGUCGGCAUCCUCAUGGGCGGCACCGUCCUCGCCCGCCUGCUCGUCCGCGGAUUCACCACCGCCCCCCCACACGUCCCAGGCAACAUGCUCGAGACCUACGGGGCCAUCGCCGGCCACUGGGCGCUGUACGCCUUCAUGCUGUUCAUGCCUUUGACGGGCAUCGGCAUGUACUACCUGGGCGGUGCGGACGUGCCCUUCUUCAACCUCAAGUUCCCCGGCCUGGCCAACCCGGACAAGGAGCGCAUGACGUGGGCCAAGGAGUGCUUCAAGAAGCACAAGCUGGUGGGGGAGGCGUUCCAGUACCUGGUGGGCAUCCACAUGGGGGCGGCGGGGUACCACCUGCUCAAGGGACACAACGUCAUGAGACGCGUCAACCCACUCGUCGCCGCCGUCUAGACACACAGACAGACACAUCACAUCACAUGCACAGAUAGGUGGGUGGGGGUGUGUGUGGGGCGAUGACUGAGUGAGUGUCUCUCGAUGAUUCAGCACGGUCGGUUUUGAAUGGGUGAAUGGCUGGCUGGCUACGUGACGCGGCUGGCUGGCUGGUAGAGAGGGAAGUGCAGUUUUCUUUCGCCUGGUGCUGGUUGGUUGGUUGGCUGAUCGGUCGAUCGGUCAGCUGUAUGUAGGCUUGCUUUCUUCUGCGUACAUACCAUGUUUGAUGGGAUGGGAUGGGUGGAAUGUUUGAAUAUGACUGCCUGCCUGCCUGCCUGACCUCUCUCUGUACAUAUCACAUCGUCCGGUCCCUAUCCACCCACACCACUAUCAUGAGUGAGUGAGGCACACAACGUACAGACAGACAGACAGACAGACAGACACGUCUUUCUUGCGGCUGGUAUUUGCCGAUGAUCGACAACACAGAUAAACAGAUAAAGAGAUAGAUGAGGCCGCGUAAAAGCCCAAGAGACAGACAGAUAGAGAAUUGCGUUUCUUGCAACUACGGACAGACAGACAGACAGACACAGACAGACAGACACUUGCCUUGCGUCGCAAAUAUAGCAGCAUUCCAUUCAUUCAAGUCGUUUUCCUGCGUGGGUGCGUGUUGUGUUGUGUUGUGCCUGCAUGGCGUCUGUCCGUCCGUCUGAGUAAGUGUGUGGCCUGUUGCGGACGUGCAGAAGCGAAGCGAGAGAGGCGCGAUCUGUCCAUCUGCCUUUGCUGCGCCGCCACACACAUGACUAACCACACCCACACACACAAAUGAAUGCACCCUUCACACAGUUUUGGCUGGCUGCCGGGCCUGCGUGUGUGUUUGAUUGCCUGCCUGCCUGCAGCAUGUGUGUGUGUGUUGGUCGGUCUGGCUGCCUUACUCGUACGUAUUUGUCUCCCUCCUCAUCCCAUUGCGAAGCAUUGUGGAAUGGCUGCCGGUGCGCAAUGCAAUGUGUGCGUGUGUGUGUGUGUGUGGAAUGUUUGCCGUGCCGUGCCGUGAGGUGGGUCAGGUCAGUCAUUAGUUCCGGUAGAGAUACAUACAUACAUGAUAUCCACGUGAGAGCGUGUGUGCAUCCAUCCAGCCAUCAUCUAUCCACCCAGCCAGCCAUCAGUGAGUGAUACAUGAGUGCCGGACGGACCGAGUGGACCUCUUCGUGCAUGUCUGUCUGUAUCACUGUCUGCCUGCCUGCCUGCGUACCUACGAAUCGAAUGAAGGUUUGUUUCCUUCCACAUACAAAUGUG